AUGAGUGCAACUCCACACCCGUUCAUAUAUUCAAUUGACCCUGAACCUGAAAGGACAUUUAGAGUUAGGAGAAGAGCCCAGAUAGCACAUAGGCAAAUUCCACUUCUAGAAAUUGAAGAAAUGGAGGAUUUAGGAAGUGUAAAUGGGAAUGAUGGGGUAGGAGGACCUGCAAGGAUAAGGGAACCACCUGUUAUAAAUGAUAAUGAUAGGUCCAUGAUGGACUUCAUCAUACCUGUGUUGGAUGAGUUAGAUCCAAGCAUCGCCCAACCUGUGAAUAGGGUGCCCUUCAAAUUAGAACCGGUAAUGUUCACCAUGCUUCAAAACAUGGGGCAGUUUCAUGGGUUGUUGAUGGAAGACCCACACAAGCAUCUUAGAAAUUUCAUAGAAGUGGCCAACACUUUUAGGAAUCCUAACAUCUCGGAUGAUGUAUUAAGAUUGAAGCUCUUCCCUCAUUCACUGGCUGACAAAGCCAAAGAAUGGUUGAACUCCCUUCCAUCCAACUCUAUAACCAAUUGGCACACCCUUGCUGAGAAAUUCAUUAUGAAAUUUUUCCCCUCUAAUAAGAUAGUGCAAACUAGAGGUGAUAUUGCUAACUUCAUGCAGAGGGAUGGAGAAACACUAGUGGAUGUGUGGGAAAGGUACAAGAACCUUCUUAAGCAAUGCCCAAAUCAUGGUUUGCCCUCUUGGGCAGUGUUACAAACCUUGUACAAUGGCCUAAAUACUCAAAACAGGGCCUUGGCAGAUUCUGCUGCUAAUGGCAUGUUUAUGACUAUGUCCUUUAACCAAGCCCAUGAGUUGUUAGAACAAAUGACUCAAAAUUAUGCCCAAUGGCCUGAAGAGAGAAAUCAGCCAAGGAGAGUGGCUGGUUUACAUGAGAUAGACCCUGUAACAGCUCUUUCAGCCAAGUUUGAUGCACUGUCCAAUUUGGUGAGAACCCAAGGACAAACCAUUGAGGCAAGAUUAUCCCAAUCCCAAGUUCCUGCACCUCAAAUACCUGUGACCCAACCUCAAGUUAACACAAUAAACACAAGUGUAACUUGUGUUUGCUGUGGUGGGCCCCAUUUGUAUGAUAGCUGCCCAUCCAACCCAGAAUCUGUGUUUUAUGUGGGAAACCAAAAUAGAAACCAAAAUAUUUUUCCCAAUAACUUUAACCAGGGAUGGAGGCAAAACCAACAGCCUCAAUAUUUUCAAGGGCAGAGGCAGCAAGCUGGUCAUUCUAAUGCCCAAACAAAAAUACCUUUUCCUACCCAGAAUUACCAACAAACUUCUAGGCAGCAAGCUGUUGUUCAACCUAGUGAGAUGUCUAUUGCUCCAUCCUCUUCUUUAGAAGCUUUGUUAAGGGAAUAUUUGGUUAAGAAUGAGACCAAGCAAAACAGCUUGGAAGCUGUUGUGCAAAGUAUUCCAGCAUCCCUAAGGAACAUAGAAUCCCAACUAGGCCAUUUAGCAAACACUAUGAAUACCAGACCUCCUGGUACCUUGCCUAGUAACAUUGAAGAACCUAGGAGAAAUAAAGAGCAAUGCAAUAUGAUAGAGCUUAGAAAUGGCAGAUCUGUAAAUCAGCCAGAAGCUGUGCAUUCUGUUGUUCAUAAUAGCCCCCAAGGGGUUGUGCACAAUAACUCUUUACCCAUUUUGGUCGAAUCAGACACUCAGCCCUCUAUAGAUGAGCCUUUAGGGAAUAAUUCCAUUGAAAAACCUACUCAAAAGGGUUCGACCCCUAAGCCAAAUAGUGAGACACCUGCUACUUCAAAAAGACCUCCACCACCCUUUCCUCAAAGGUUGCAAAAGCAGAAGCAAGAUAAUCAGUUUAGGAAAUUUCUAGACCUCCUAAAACAGUUGCAUGUCAACAUUCCAUUUGUUGAUGCAUUGGAACAAAUGCCCUCUUAUGUAAAGUUCAUGAAAGAAAUUCUUUCAAGAAAAAGGAGGCUAGAAGAGUUUGAGACUGUUGCUCUUACACAAGAGAGCAGUCAAUAUCUUCUUAGUAAGAUACCUCCUAAACUAGGAGACCCAGGAAGUUUUACAAUCCCUUGUACCAUAGGAGACCACUACAUAGGCAGAGCAUUGUGUGAUUUAGGUGCUAGUAUCAACUUAAUGCCUUUGAGUGUGUACAAAAAGCUGAAAGUAGGAGAGCCUAAUCCCACCACUGUCACAUUACAGUUGGCUGAUAGAUCUCUAGUUUAUCCGGAAGGGAAAGUAGAGAAUGUUUUGGUGAAAGUAGAUAAAUUCAUUCUACCUGCUGAUUUUAUAAUUUUAGACUAUGAGGAAGACAGAGAGGUUCCAAUUAUUUUGGGAAGGGCUUUCUUAGCCACUGGUGGGGCUGUCAUAGAUGUUAAGGAGGGUGAGUUGGUCAUGAAUGUGAAUGGGGAACAAGUAAAAUUUAAUAUUUUAAAAGCCAUGAAAUACCCAAGAGACAUUGAGGAAUGUUCUAGACUAGAUAUCAUUGACUGUGUAGUCAAAGAUAAAUUUUUGCAUGAGUCCUCAUUAGACCCUUUACAAAAUUCUGGUUUUGAGGGUCUAGAAAUCAGUCAAACUGAUUCUGAGGAGUUAAGUGGCUGA